AAUACUCGAUCAAAUUUCGUUCACAUUGCUUCCUUCACUUCACCUUUGCUUCUCUAAGCGUGCCGACCCUCUCUCUCUCUCUAAAAACCAAAAGGAAAGAAACGUGUAGCCAACAUUCUGCUCACCUAACUCUUUUUACAGCUCUCUUGGUCUAACAAGUGAAGUACUUGUUAGCUCAAACAUUUUCCUUUUUUUGACCUUGCCCAUUGUAUCUGAAUUCUUAAACAAGAGCGUGUGUGUGUGUGUAUAUAUAUAUACACACACAUACGUUUAGUGGGGUGGGUCCAAAAUCCACCACCAUUCCCGUCUACCUUGACAAUGCGCAACUGGGUUUCACCAGAACUCACCAACACCAACAACAACACAAAUGCACCACCAACCACACUCUUAUGAGUUUGGUUUUGCCUGAGACUUUUUGCUUUCUUUCUGGGUCCAGAGAGAGAGAUUUUGAGAUUUGGGCUGUCAUUAUCUAUGGCUCUGAAUGGUUCACCCAUCUGGGGUUGUGCUAAAACUCCUUCCCAUUUGGGUGUCUCCGAUUGGGGGCCAAGCCGUUCUGGGUUUUCGUUGAAUUUGAGGUGCGACCUUCGAAAAUGGGAAUGUCGUUUCUUGGGUUCUUUGGCGGCGGCUCAGACUCAGAGAGCAACAACUCCUGUUGAUGAUGAGAAGCCGUAUCUGUCUGUGGCUGAUACUUCUGGCCCUAUUCAAAAGGCUCGGAACAAUGAGUCCAGGGGAUUUCACAAGGAUUUGAACCUUCUUCCCAAACCAUUGACUGCAAAUGAUCUCUCUUCGUCUCCGGCAGAUGGUUCAAAAGUGCGAGUUGCUUACCAGGGGUUACCAGGAGCAUAUAGUGAAGCUGCUGCGUUAAAAGCAUAUCCAAAGUGCGAAACUGUCCCAUGUGAGGAGUUUGAAGCUGCUUUCAAGGCAGUUGAAUUAUGGUUAGUAGAUAAGGCAGUUCUUCCUAUUGAGAAUUCUGUUGGGGGAAGCAUCCACCGGAAUUAUGAUUUACUCCUUCGCCAUAGGCUGCACAUAGUUGGUGAAGUGCAGUUGCAAGUGAACCACUGUCUACUGGGAUUUCCCGGUUCAGAAAAAGAAAAGAUAAAACGUGUUUUCAGCCAUCCUCAGGCUCUUGCUCAAUGUGAAAAUAUGCUAAGUAAUUUAGGCGUCAUCAGAAUCAAUACUGAUGACACUGCUGGUGCUGCGAAGAUGGUGGCCUCAAUUGGCGUCAGAGACACUGGAGCUAUUGCGAGUGCUCAAGCUGCAGAAAUAUAUGGGCUUGACGUUCUUGCGGAGAAAAUACAAGAUGAUGACGAUAACAUUACUCGUUUUCUGAUUCUUGCAAGAGAACCCAUCAUUCCAGGAACUGACCGACCAUAUAAGACGAGCAUUGUUUUCAGUUUAGAGGAAGGUCCCGGGGUACUGUUCAAAGCCUUGGCAGUGUUUUCUCUGAGGGAAAUUAACUUGACAAAGAUAGAGAGUCGUCCACAGAAACAGCGGCCACUGCGAGUUGUCGAUGACUCUAAUGAAGGAACUGCCAAGUACUUUGACUACCUCUUUUACGUCGACUUUGAAGCUUCUAUGGCGGAGCUUCGUGCUCAAUAUGCUUUGGCACAUCUUCAGGAAAUUGCGAGAUUUCUUCGUGUCCUGGGCUGUUAUCCAAUGGACAUAAUUCCUUAGAAUAUACAAGGAAAUGACAAUAGUUCUGUCCCAUACAUAUUCAAUAUGGGCAAAAACAUGGAAGAUAAUUCGACCUCCUAUGUUGUAAAUACGAAAUUAUGAUCUUUGUGUGAGCCAAUGCCACAAGAGAAUAAAAAACCUUGGAUCACCGAUAAAUUUUCCAAGCUAGGGAGCAGAAAUUCCAUUCAAAAGUGUUCUUAUUUUUGUUUAUCUGGAAAUGUAUAUCAUUCUUUUUGUUCGUCGACUGAAGGCUACCGGGACACUGCCACUGCCACCGCCGAUGUAACUAGGAGAGUCUCAAGCUUACAUAGUUCAGUUCUCUUCUUAUUUCCUUUUUGUGUUCUGGACUUUGUUUGUUUAACUUGGUGGUUAUUGAUGAUUUUUCUCACA